UACACUCUACUCACGUACAGAGUACGGUUUUCAACUCACGCCAAAACUCAAGUCUCCUCUCUCACCAUUGAUCAAACCAACAAAAAACCUUUUUUGCAGAGCAGAAGCAUAUUUCCUUUGUGUUUCCUCUCUCGUUUCUCUCUCUAUUUCCUUGUAAUUUGUUGUCUCAUUUCUCUUCAGAAGUUGAACAAAAAAGGUUACCCACUUUAGGGAGGGCGACACUUGCAAAAAAUUAUUGUUGAUGGCAUCAUCUGACGAAGAGGGUGAAAUUGUUCCAAACUGUAUAACAAAUUACCAUUUCGUUGGCUGCAAUGGAGAACCUGUUUCAUUUUCCAUUUUGCCUCUACAGUGGGGGGAUGAUGAUGAUGUAAUUGGAGGGGCAGUGAAUAAUAAUGUGGAGAUAUAUUUGCGUGGAACUGCAGAUGAUGGUCUUCAGCACAUUUAUAAGAAGGUUCUAGCUUGGAGAUUUGAACUUUCUUAUGCCCUGCCUGAAAUUCAUGUGCUUUCCAAAGAUAAAAUUUGGAUUAAACUCCUUAAACCUCGAAAAAGUUACGUAGAUACUAUUAGAACAAUACUCAUCACCGUUCAUUUCCUCCACUUUGUGAAGAAGAAUCCAGAAACAUUUGGAGAGAUUGUGUGGAAUCACAUUGGGAAAAGUUUUAGUGCAUACGAGGUACUACCUUGUAAAGAUGAUCUGCUAGAGCAUAUGCCAACAAUCAAAGAAGCUGCAAGGAGGGAUAAAGAUAUAUCUAGUUCCAAGAAUUUGAAUGCAUUUCUUUUGGAGACAUCACAAAAGAGGAUAGACGAUAAUGAGUGCAAUCGAGCAAAAAAGAGACCCCACUUUGUUAUUGAGACCAAUAACGAUGCUGAUAGUGGUACCAAUGAUGAUUCAGAUGAAGAUGAAGAUGAAGAUGAACAAUUUGAUCAUGUUUGUGCUCUUUGUGAUGAUGGGGGAGAACUUUUGUGUUGUGAAGGCCGCUGCAUACGAUCUUUCCAUCCGUCCAUAGAAUCUGGAGUUGAAUCUUCUUGUGAAUCUCUUGGUUACAGAAAUCUACAAGCAAUCCAGACCUUCUUGUGCAAAAAUUGCCAAUAUCAACAACAUCAAUGUUUUGCUUGUGGCUUGUUGGGGUCAUCUGACAAAUCAUCUGGUGCAGAGGUCUUCCCUUGCGUUUCUGCAACUUGUGGACACUUCUUUCAUCCUAAAUGCGUCUCAGUGUUACUUUUCCCUGGUGAUGAAUGUCGAGCCUUAGAGCUGCAGAAGCAAAUUGUAGCUGGAGAAUCAUUUACUUGCCCUGCUCAUAAAUGUUUUGUCUGCAAGAAAGGAGAGGAUAAAAAGACAAUUGAGAUGCAAUUUGCAAUUUGUAGACGCUGUCCAAGGGCAUAUCAUCGCAGAUGCUUACCAAGAUGUAUUGCUUUUGAGCCCUCCGAUUAUGACAAGAACAUCCAGAGAAGGGCUUGGAAUGAUCUUUUGCCCAGUCGUAUCUUGAUAUACUGUAUGGACCACAAGAUUAUUCCUAUAAUUGGGACUCCAAAAAGAGACCAUAUCCUAUUCCCACAUGUUGUUGGGAAAGCAAACUCACCAUCUUCAGGACCUUUGAGGAUUCUCUCACGAAAGAGUAAGGUUCUUGGUGCUCUCACUGAAACAAGUGUCGUGAACAUGAAAAAGCCUUUUGAAGCGAGGCACAAUGCUAUUAAAGUUGGUGAUUCUUAUGGAAAAGGAAAACCAUGUAAGCCUCCAACACAAGAAAGAGGCAAAUUGAAGGCGCCACUGGGUACAAAGUUGGUCUUUGCCCCACAAAGUACUUAUAGUGGCAAGACAAUGAAUGUCCGACCAGCUAUGCCAGUGAUGAAGAAGGCCAGCAGUUCACGGGAAUUGGAAGAUAAUGAAAUGAAAAAGAGAAUGAUGACUUUGAUAAAAAACUCUACCUCUUCGUUUAAUGUGGAGGAAUUUAUAAAUGAGCAGAACCGGAAAUGUAUCGAUAGUAACUCUCGAAAAGUUUUCACAGACAAGGCCAUUACCUUGGGAAAAGUUCAGUGUUCCGUGAAGGCUAUUGGAAUAGCGUUGAAGAAACUAGAAGAAGGACACAGCAUUGAAGAUGCGAAAGCUGUCUGUGAACCAGAAAUUCUCACUCAGAUUUUCAGAUGGAAGAAGAAGCUAGGAUCUUAUCUUGCCCCUUUUCUUAAUGGCAUGCGCUAUACAUCUUUCGGUCGCCACUUCACGAAGGUGGACAAACUGAAGGAGGUGGUUAAUAGACUAAGAUGGUAUGUGCAAGAUGGUGACACGAUAGUGGACUUCUGCUGUGGCUCCAAUGACUUAAGCUGCUUGAUGAAAGAAGAACUAGACAGAAUGGGGAAAAAAUGCCAAUUCAGAAAUUUUGAUCUCAUACAACCAAAGAAUAAUUUCAACUUUGAGAAGAGGGAUUGGAUGACUGUUGGUUUAAGAGACUUGCCAGAAGGAUCCAAUUUGAUCAUGGGGCUGAAUCCUCCUUUUGCCUCGGCAAAUGAAUUUGUAAGCAAGGCUCUUACAUUCAGACCAAAGCUUCUUAUUAUUACUGUUCCGAAAGAAACAAAAAGACUUGAUGAAAGAAGAAAGAAUCCAUAUGAUAUAAUUUGGGAAGAUGACAUUAUCUUGGCUGGCAAGUCCUUUUACCUGCCAGGAUCAAUUAAUGUGCAUAACCAGCAGAUGGAGCAAUGGAACAUCAACUCCCCUCCAUUGUAUCUGUGGAGUCGCCCAGAUUGGACUGCUAAGCACAAAGCAAUAGCUGUUGAGCACGGGCAUAUCAGGAAAGAUAGCCAAAAGUGGGAAGAAGAAGAAAACAAAGUAAACACAGGAAUCACAAAUUACCUGAUGCAAGAAACGCAUGAUUGCUAUGGUGACUUUUCUGACAUUGUGACCAGCUGUGGUGACAUCAAUAGCUUGCUGGAUGAUAUCCCUGAGAUAUCUAUUGGUGCUGAUUAUAAUCAGAAUCAACCUUUUGGCAUUCCUGAGCAGGAAUAUGGCUUGAGCAAUAGACAAGAGGUGCUUGGCUACGAAAGUAAGGAUGCAAGUGAAACACUGCGAGCUGAGGAAAUGUGCAUUGACAUGGAACUGUCAACUCCAACGGGAUCCCCACUUCACUAAAAGAUGAAGUGUCUAUUCUCAAUGGUAGGCCUUCGUCUUUCAGUUCAGUAUUGACCACUCAUACCAUUUUGCUAAUAUACUUGAGCAUGAUAGAAGUUAGCUUUUAUGUCUUUUCUUUUUGGUACUGUCACUCGAAGUGGAAGGAUCUGACAGUCUAAAUUUGCACAUUAAGGAUGUGAUCUUGGACACAAUUCCUAUAUACUGGUAGGCUGGUAGCUGUGCAUAUCUGUAUGUAGCCUUUAGUAGGAGACUUCAAGGGCGGCUCUAGGGUAAGGCACGUGAAGCCCUUGCCUUAGUCCCCCAAAUAUUUAAGGCCCCAAAAAUAAGAAGACUACUAUAUUGUUA